UAAUGUCGAAGGAAGAGACAGUCAAGGCUGUCUUUGGGAUACCUCAAAGUGUACCGUUUCGGUGUGUCAGCGAUUGUAUGAGCACAGCCAAAGUCCCCACCAACCAGAAAAAGCGCCAAGUAAACAUUAAAAAAUUGUCAAGUCAGAAUAAGCUUACAUGGACGAAAUUCGUCACAAACACACACCCCAAAUCGCUCAAUGCAGUGGGCUAUGUGGUCACAACCGUGCAUAGCAACGUACAUCGUCCGUUCGUCAUCUACCGUUUCGUCCAUUUUGCCCAACCCGGCGAACCGGGCUGUGGAUGGAAAGUAUGCGGACGAAUUGAUUAAACGAUCCGGUUUGGACACUAAUGAGAUAAUUUCACAACCAUACUUCAUAAUGCACACACCGACGCUCAUCAUCUCGAGACCGGCAGUGAGGAGCUGAGUGAAGUGAGUGAAAUCUUCAUUCAAUUAUUGAGCCGAGGAUGAUGGUUUCACUUUUUCCGGCUUUUCAAGCUUUUCCGAUCCAAUCAAAUUUCGACAGAUAUCGGUCGGGCGCAUAAAAAAGCCGAAUCUUGCGAACUUGUGCAGUGUGUGUGUGUGUGUAAACAAUGAAAAGCAAUCAAUCCUAUCCUGAAUGUGUUGUGAAUAACUGCCUAGAAUGAUAUGUUAAUACCGGCCAUUUUUUUCUCACGCGUCACCAACUGAGUUCGAUUUCAUUCAAGCAUUCUGAUUUGAUGCCUGCAGAGGCACGACACCGCUUUUCGUCAUCGUACGAGCCAGCUUAAACGGUUAAAAACGACCGUGAACAUGGAUGAGCAGCUUCAGUAUGCUGUAAGAAACCAAUCAGCCGAAACGGCAGGCCACUCCCGGACCAACGCAUCCCUCACACAGUAGGAACGGAAGUUCCAAAGGAAAUGGAUUGUAAACAUCACCCUUCGCGUAAUGGUGCCGCUGCAAGUUCCAGCCUCCCCGCGAAUCGCCACUUCUAUUUCCCACUUUCACGAUUAUCAUCGUCCGCCGGUUGCAAUGGCUUCUCUAAGAGCCGGAGUCUGGCGUUCUCCACUGCGUCGUACCGAUCGUUCGAGCCGCAAACACACAUUAUGCUCACUUUCUGUGCACGUACACUCCACCGGGGAUACCGGCGGCUUUGGACCGGGGAACUUUAUAUAAUUUGUUUAGGGUACGGAUUGUUUUUUUCCCAAGAACCUGAUCAACCUACACUCGAGCUCAUUUUCACCAUCACUGAUCUGAAGCUGAUCGUCCAGAGUCGCAGACGAUCUAACGCUCCAGCAAUUCUCUUGUCAUUGUGUGGAUACGUGAACCAGCAGUGCUCCAGAGCCUGGUGUACCGGCAAUAUAAGUUUGCUAAAAAUAACAACUUUACGAUCUCCCCUGCCCUGGAUCGCUCAUCAUCCAAACGUGCGUGUGCAUGGGUGUGUGUCUGACGCAGUCAGCCGGUAACUCCAUUGUCGGGGUGGCCCCAUAGGUCGCCCCCUCGUAGAAUUCUAUUUUAUACUCCAGCGCAAGAUGGUACCAGGGAUGGAGGUACAGAAAACCCGACCGAUCGAGAAUCACAUACGAAGAAAGGACAAAACCGAGAGGCCAAGAAAAUAUCCCAUCAAAACUUGUCUGUGCAACUAUAAAAAGAAAAGUUCUCGGUCCGGGCCACAAAUGAUACCGCAGCCGGUUGCGAAGAGUGUGUACCCCCAAUUUCUUAAGGACUGAAGCACGUAUACACUCAGCUCCGGUUGAAUGGGUACAAUAAAAUUAGAAGCAAACCCCCCACCCGAAACAAAGUGGAAACUCUUUGGACAUCCAGACCCGCCAGCUAUGGGGAGGCGCAUUUUGGGACAAAUGGGAGAGAGAAAUAAAAAAACGCACCGAUGCUGGUACGGUGCUACUUGCUUCUGUUGUGGAGAAAUUAUUACAAGAAUGUUGAAAAUAAACAACAGUCCACAAACCGCGGCAGCUCGUCGUCUCAUCGUCGUGCCGAUGAUCCCGGAUUCUUCCCGUUUAAGAGCCCUGGUCUAAGCAAAUCUAAGAUGUGCCGGCACCCCAAGAAAGAGACGGACCAGCAGCAGGAUGGAGCAGCAAGAUUCAAUGAAGUUGUGUAAACAUUUACACAUGUUCCACAUACUCCUUACUUUACCCUUUCUCGAGCUUCCUCUACCAACCCUCUUCCACUGGUAGUUUACACUCAUUAUCAUCUGUAUGUGUGGUACGCAGCAGAUGAACCCAAAUGGGAGGAAUGCCACUGUCGGCGGAAGUUAUAACUUCACCGGGCGACCGCGACCCGUAUCGUAUCGGGAACCGCGGAACACUGACUUUGGGGAAUUUAAUUUCCUUCUUUUUCCGAGUUCCCCCCCGUUGGAUGAGUCCAAGCGGAUCGUCCACUUAAAAUUCGUCUCCGCCUAAUCAAUUUGUUGCAUGUGUGGUGGAAUUGUUUGUCACGAAGCGCUGUCUGAUGCUCUUGAAACGGC